AUGGCACCUUCAGGACGUGAAAUUGACUACGGUGAACUGAACAAGCCUGAUAUUGCACCUAUUGACCCUGAGCUGAUUCCUGAUCCUGACAAUGUCCCGUUUGGUUUACCUGAUACUGCACCUGUUGUUCCAGAGCAAGUACCUACACCUAUUGAUCCUCCAUUUGUUGAGCCACUCAUUCCACCACCUCCACCCGCUGAUGUUGCUUCCCUACCCCCUGUUGAACCUGAUGUUCACCACACUGACCUAACGAUUGUUUUCCUCCAGGACAUUCCCGCUCCCCGAUCACGGGAGGGUACUUCGGGCCAGCCCCCGAGUUUUGACCCAUUUGCUUCAGCAGCUUUCCCUCCGAUCCCACAGUCGACACCUUUCACUCCUUUCACAUCUACACCGCUUGAUGAGCCAUUUCGAUGGUUUCUGCCCUAUGCCAUGCCAAUCUCAGACCCCUACCAUCCCUCACACAAUGGAGGCUACACACAGGAUGAGUUGCUUUUGUCGCUGUAG